UCGAUGUGGUAACAUCGACGACACGAGAGUACAUAAAGGCCAAGGAACGGCCGAGGAGACAGUGGAAAAAGGUAGCGAGUUAGAGAGAGAGAUGUCCUUUAAAUUGUUCUUGUUUCUGUAUGCCAUUGCGAUCGAUCUUGCGAUCCAGAAACCGAUGUGCGCACCGGGUAAAAGUUUCUUCGAUGGUUGCAAUACGUGCACCUGUACCGAUAACGGAGAUUACAUCUGUACCAUGGCUGCCUGCGAAGAUUACGAUCCCGAAACUGACACGUUCGUACCAGUGAAGAUUUUAGAACCUCCAUCCGAUUUUUGGCAAAAUUCGUAAUGACAGAAAUUAAGAAAAA